AAAGUCCACACUCUAUCUACUCAUCUACUCAUCUAACCACCGCCAGAUAUCAAGAUGACCAAGAUCAUUGCCAUCCUCGGGGCUCUAGCCACUGUUGCACUGGCCGCCCGAUCUCCCGCAGGCGAAGUCGUUCCUCGCGCCUGCACCACCAUUCUACCCUCUUCUAUAGACGUCCUCGACAGCGCCAACCCAAAUACCGCCAACGUCGGCCAGCGCUUCACCCUUCGCCGCUCCGGCUCGCCAGCAUCGAACAACAAGAUCUCCGCCUUCACCUUCACCAACAUCCCCGCCGGAGCCACCGGCUGCACCCUGCAGGUCAACGUGCCCGCACUGACUACCGCCAACCAGAUCGCCUGGGGCUCCAACCAGGCCGAGUUCUGGACGACCAACGCCUGGACCGCGGCCAACGCCCCGACCUGGAACAACCCUCCCACCAGGGGCCAGAUGGUGUCGACCUUUCAGUUCCCUACGGGUGUGACGACCACUCCGACCCAGCAGAAUCUGGCCUCGAACACCUGUUCGAAUACGAUGAGCUUCUUGGCGCUAUUGAGCGAUUGGCAGAGCGGCGCGGGACAGGUCGAUUUCAUGCAGGGCGCUGAUCUGGGGUUUAAGCUGAUCUAUAACUGUUGAUUUUGGGUCGAGAUCUUUGAUUCGAGGUUUAGAUUGUCUCCCUUUGGUGCGCUUGGGUAGUAAUCACAGGAAGAACGGUUUCGGGAUGUUUGUUAAAUUGGUGGACUAUCAAGCGGCUAGCUAGAUGUAUCUAAGGGCG